AUGCCAGUAAACGACCAAUUGGAGAGGAAUAAAAACUUACCUACAAAUAUCACUCAGCAAACUCAACGACAACUUGAGAAGCAACCUAGAAUUUUGAUGGUGAGCGCGAAUUUCCAACACUACAAUAUAAAUAGCGUCCCAAAGCAAGAAACGGUCCAACACUAUAAAGAAAGAAAUAACUCAGAACAUCUGAUCCACAACUCAGGAAUUUCUCGCACACAACCAGAAAUAGUCACACAAGGACUGCCAAUACCAAUGGAACGAAACCAACGGAGUAAAAUACAAAUUCGUCGCAAGUUGGAAUCUGCGAAUGACCAGCAGAAGCAACUUACCAAGUCAGAAUUAGACCAAAGAAUGCAUCCGCAAAACACAAAACCACCGCUGCUUCGCGUCGACGAAACGGCCACUAAAUGGCCACCAGACUUCAUUGAAACAAAAGAAACGUUCCCGCCGAAAUAA